AUGGGGCCGCGGGCGGGCGCCGGGCUGGGGGAGGCCUUGCUGGGGUUCGCCCUCUUCGGGGGGGUCCUGCUGGGCACCUCCCGCGCCCAUCUGGACCCAGACCCGGACCGGGACAGGGCCGAGCCUUGCCGAGCCUGCCGCGGCCUCGCCGACAGCUUCAGCAGGGGUCUGGAACGAACAGAACAUGAGGGCUUUGGCGGGGGCAACACAGCCUGGGAGGAGGAGAAGCUGGCCAAGUACCAGCACAGUGAGACCCGCCUACUGGAAGUGUUGGAGAGCGUCUGCAACCCCUCAGACUUCACCUGCCACCAGCUGCUAGAGCGGAGUGAGGAGCAUGUGGAGCAGUGGUGGUUCCAUGAGCGGCACCAACAACCUGACUUCUUCCAAUGGCUGUGCAUGGACAGGCUGGCACUCUGCUGCCCACCUGGCACCUAUGGUCCUGACUGCCAGCCCUGUGCUGGUGGACCCCAGCAGCCCUGCAGUGGCAAUGGGCGAUGCGAUGGUAAUGGCACACGUCAUGGCACUGGCUUGUGCGUCUGCAGCCCAGGCUAUGGUGGCCCUUUCUGUGCUGAGUGCGGUGAUGGCUACUACGAGGCCUCACGGAACAAGAGCCACCUGGUAUGUGCUGAGUGCUACCGGGCAUGCGGGCGCUGCACAGGGCCAGAGGACUCCAGCUGUCUUCGCUGCAAGAGGGGCUGGGUGCUGCAUGACCACCGCUGCAUCGACAUAGACGAGUGUGGCACAGAGAUGGCACACUGCCGAGCUAACCAGUUCUGUGUCAACACGGAGGGCUCCUAUGAGUGCCGAGACUGCUCCACGGCUUGCAUUGGCUGCAUGGGUGCUGGGCCAGCUCGCUGCAAGAAAUGCAACAAGGGCUACUGGCGGGACGGAGCCAAGUGCCUAGAUGUGGAUGAGUGUGCGAGCACAGAGGAGCCGGUGUGCACGGGAGCACAGGAGGUGUGUGAGAACACAGAGGGCAGCUACCGCUGUGUCUGUGCCCACGGUCAUGUCCGGCGGGAUGGACAAUGCGUGGAGGACAAGCCCCCUGAUGCUCCGGAGAAAGGCUUCUUUGAUGACGUGACGGAGGAUGAGGUGGUGGUGCUGCAGCAGAUGUUCUUUGGUGUGAUGAUCUGUGCCCUUGCAACACUGGCAGCCAAGGGCGACAUGGUCUUCACUGCCAUCUUCAUCGGUGCCGUGGCCGCAAUGGCUGGCUACUGGCUCUCUGACCGCAGCGACCGUGUCCUUGAUGGCUUCAUGAAGGGCAGAUAGCUCUGGGGCUGUCGGAUGCAGGCAAGUGGGGGCAGACUCAGCCUGG